AUGAAAAAUAUCAGUAAACUUAAUAACUUUUUAAAUGAAUUUCAAGAAACGAUUUUAUACGAUCAUCCCUCCAUACCAUACGCAUAUUGCUCAAUAUUAAUGAUGAACCAAACAACAAAUUGGAUUGAUUAUGAUACAACAGAAGAAUAUACAUUUCCUAUAGCCUUUCCAAAUAUACAAAUAACUCAUCAAUAUCCACCAAUCCUAUCUCUAAUACCAAAAGAAAUAAAUGCUAUUCCUAUAAUAUAUCGAAAAAACUUAUUACCAAUACAUAUGAAUUGUACAUUAGGUCUAAUUAGAGCCUUUUUAAAUCAAGAACAAGAAGAUUCUCCUAACUGGUUCCAACCAACAUUAAUACCCGCAAGUCAGUGGCUAAAAGAAAAUAAUUCUAUAUUUAAAGAAUAUAAUCAUUUAUCAUCUUUUGAAUCACCAAUACAAAAUAUAACAAAUCAACCAUAUCCAAUAGCUAGAUUAACUAAUAUAUCUUCUUGGUUAACACAAAACCAACCUCCUUCAUUAAUCGUACCAAAUGAGAACUUUUCUACUGAAAUAUAUAAUGAAAAUUACAAAUACAAACACUUAAUAGCAG